AUGCCGCGAGGCACUGUCCGAAGACGCGAUCGCAAAGCAACCCCGACACGCUUAGCAGACCCUGUCGACCCAGCCUUGCCCCCAGAAACCAGGCCGAACAUUGUGCCGCCAAGCACAUCUGGUCCUCACGCGCCCUUGGGUAGUGGGGUUGGAGGGCGAAUCAAUGAUGGCCAGACCGAUAUCGAUGUAUGGCCGAGCGCCAUCCAUGAUCAGCAAAGUCCUACAGGCCCCUCGCGUGCACCUGUUCCCGAGCCCAUUGUGGAUGGCCGCAAUACCAGCCAGGCAAAUGUGACACCAGGACAGUUGAGUCUGUCGUCUCAAGGCAACAGCCACCGUGCGGCGUACCUUGGAGAAAGCGGAUACAUGUCAAUCUUCAGUCAGGAUUUGGCAGAAGAUGACACCACAGACCCUCAGGAGCAUGCAACAGACCUACAGUCAACUCACCUGAUCCCCGCGUUACAAGAGAGCUAUCUCGACACGUAUUUCGAGUACUGCUACACCUGGUGUCCGACCUUGGACCGUGAUACCAUGCAAACGUGGCCCGAGUUCUCCAGCUCGCAGCUGUUGCGAGAGGCAUUGGCUGUUCUCGGCAGUCAACUCAAUCCUCCGUUAAUCCGGCACCUCAAACCCACGCAGUACUUCCAGCGGUUUCGGAAGCUCUUUUAUGACAACCACGAGAAUCAACCUCUGGUCAGGAUAAUCGCUGUAAUGUUGUUGUAUUGGUGGAGUUCAGGACCUCCGAACGUGGUGAGUAUCGACACCAAUUGGUGGUGGAUGGGAGCGUCCAUCAGACUCGCCCAGGAAAUCGGUCUGCAUCGAGAACAGAACACAGAACAUGUCUUGAGGCCCGGAGAGACCAGCGGAUUGAGAAGACGGAUAUGGUGGACAUUGUUUGCCCGAGAGCGUCUCACUUCGCUCAUGCAGGGUCGGCCUUGCGCGAUAGAUCCUGAUUUUUCAGAUCUGAGGAGCGCUUCGGUAGAGGAUUUCCCCGACCCGAACGACCCUAAAGCCGAGAUCUGGGUUCAUUGGGUCAGGCUCUGCGAGAUCAUCGGUCGAGUAGGCAAAGCGAUUGCGCAAGGGAAGAUUCACGAACCUGGGUCGACGCCAGCAAAUGAUCUGAUGAAUUGGCCACGAGAUCUCCCAGAGCAUCUCCAGCUGCCACUUUCCGAGGACAGGACGGUCAACUUCAAUCGGGAUGUGCACAUGCUGCAUCUCCCAUAUCUGGCCACGACCAUUCUGCUCCACCUGCAGAAGACCACGGAGAAACUACCGAGGGCGUCGAUGACGGCCAUCAUCGCCGCCUCGUGCGUAUCCAGAGCGCUCCAAGACAUUCUUGCCCGUGGGACGCUGCGGUACCUCCCGGGCCAAACCGGCUGGUACAUAUCAAUCUCAAUAAUAGCGCUGCUGUAUGCUCGGAAUAUCGAGGCGCUGACGACCCAUGCGGACGCCGAGAUCUCCAUUCUUCUUGCGGCCCUCAAACAGAUGGCUCUGCUGUGGCAUUCCUCCAAAAUGUUCUUCACUGGCUUUCAAAGAAUGUUAGAAACGGACCGGAUCCAUAUCCAGCCUUUCAGACUCAGUAAUGCUGCCAGACAACCUGAAGUUGUGGAACAGACACAGGCGUCGCCCACGCUCAACGACAUCACUGCAACCGAUGACACAAGCUGGCGGCAACGAUUUCCUUAUGUGACGAUGAACACCAGUCCCUUGAUUGCUGCUUUGUUGGAAGACACCGUCAACAUCCCGUUUAUGGGUUUGGAGUCGUCGCAAGUCAACUACCUGUUCGACUUCUUGGAUGAUCUCGAUCCUGAUAUCCUCCAAAUGGACUUGAAUCUCUGAAUACUCAGGGCCAAUCCCUCUCUCGAUAUCUUGAUCGUCGUGAUGUGUGAAAAAAAAAAUGACAAGAGUGGUUCCCAAAUGGAACAUAUCAAGCAGCUCUUGCCUUUGUGGACUUUGUGAAACCAGG